AUGGGAUGUCUUGUGAGCAGCGAUGCCGAUGACCACAAUGCGGAGAGCGAGAAUGAUUUCGUGGACAAAAAUGAAGCUAUCAGGACAAUCAGCAAGCGCCACAAGAAAACACCUGUCAAGCCAAGGGCGCGCAGGGGCAAGAAGGCUGAUGAAGAAGCUGUCGCGCACAGUGCAGAUGACAUCUCACUGCUGGGUAUCGUGCUCAAUCACUCUGGGGCAUCAUCAUCUGCAGCCAAGGAGUGGGUGGGCCGCUAUCAGGCAGACAGGGCACAAGCUGCUGCAGAGCUCUUGACGCUGCUUGUACAGGCAUGCGGGUCCUCUCAGGCAAUCACCAUGUCUGAUGUGGACGAUGGAGAUGUGGAUGCUUUGGUGAAAUCUCUGAUAAAGGAUGUCAGCAGCAAUGGCAUCACUGACCACUUCCGUGGCAAGGGAACAAAGAACUUCCGCGCCCACUACAUGGAGAUGUGGGACCAGAUCAUGCGGGAGUGUCAAAAUGCGGAUGUGCUGUGCGAUGGCUACCUGCUCGACAAGGUUGUCCACCUCAUCAUCGGCCUCAACUGUUCUGUCGUGCGCAGCUUCCGCUUCACGGCUACGCUGACAGCUCAGCAGGUGGUGACAUCCCUCAUCCGGGCGAUGCUGUCACUGGGCGAGGCCCGCGAGACAGCCCAGCGGCAGAUGGCUGCAGAAGAGAAGAAAAAGGGCUCCAAGGCGGGCGCGGAUCGGGUGGCGGCCUUUCAGCGCACGCUGAGCGCAUGCCACCGGCAGGUGCAGGAGCUGAAGGGCGUGGUGGGAAGCCUCUUCCAGGCCGUCUCCGCGCACCGAUUCCGGGACGUUGCACCGGAUAUCCGCGCCGUCGUCAUCGCCGGCAUCGGGUCGUGGAUCUGCCUCGACCCCACCGACUUCCUGCAGGACAACUACCUGAAAUACGUCGCCUGGGCCCUCUCCGACAGGGAUGCGGGGGUGAGGGAGAUGGCGCUGGACGCGCUGCUGGAAAUCUACAGCAACGAGGAGAAUGUGUCGCCGCUACACGGCUUUACUGGGCGCUUCCAGCACCGCUUUGCCGAGCUGGUGUACGACGUGGACGAGGCCGUGGCCGUCAAGGGUGUGCGCCUGGUCACGCAGCUGGUCCAAGCCGAGGAGAUGCCACAGGACGAGGUGAGGGAAAUCUACCGGCUGCUGGUGGACAGCAGCGCGCCCAUCAGGCAUGCAGCCGCCGAGCUGGUGGCCGGCAUGCUGGAGGAGCAGGGCCAGCGCUUCAUUGCACAGGCAUGCAGCCCUGUGAAGGGGAAGCGGGGCAAGGGGGCCAAGAAGACGGGGUCUGCAGACCUCCAGCUGGCGGGCGUGCUGCACAUCAUGAAGCUGCUGGGGACUCCAUCCAGCGCGAUAGGGGACGCAUCUCCCCUCGCAUCCCCAGGCGGCCGCCGCAAGUCUGCCGGCGGCGCCGAACGGCCCCUGCAGCCGGAGCUCGUCAGCCAUGUUGUGGACGGCCUCUUUGACAGCGUGGAGGUGCUGCAAGACUGGCAUGCCAUUGUGGAGGCGCUGAUGGAUGACCAGGCAAACGAGGCCCGGGGCGACACGGCCACCACAAACCUGAUCACGCUGCUGGCUGCCACCGUGCGGACUGCAACCGGCGGUGCACAUGCAGGCACCCGCACCGACUCCAGGAGGGUGGCAGGCAAGGCUAAGGCGGCUGCCGCAGCGGCCAACGCGCGUCAGGACGUCACCCUGGCCCUCAGCCAGGCCCUGCCAUCCCUGCUGCGCAAGUUCCAGACCGACCCAACCAAGGUUGCGGCGCUGGCGGGCCUGGUGCGGGACAUGAAGCUGGACAUCUGGAGCCUGAAGAGGCAGGAGGACAGCCUGGAGUCCCUGCUGCAGCUCAUUGCGGACCUGCUGCUCAAGCACUCCCAGCCGGACGCCCUGGAUGCCUGCCUGCGCACGCUCGCACACUGCACCACGCAGGGCAACGACACCAUCCAGGACAAGGCGCAGCUCAUCCUGAGCUCUAGUGUGAAGGCGCUGACUCAGCGGCUGACGGCCGCCACAGACGCAGCGCUGGCGCUGUCAGACGCUGACCUGGAGGCCGAGCGCGCAGCCGGGGGGCCCGUGGACGGCAGCGGCGGCGACACAGAAGAAGGCGAGGAGGCCUUCGCACUGCGCGUGGCGCUGCUUCGGCUGCACCGCCUGCAGCUGGUCUCCGCUGCCGCGUCCGGCGAAGCCGCCCUGCAGAAGAGCCUCACCAAGCUGCUCUCGGCGGCUGUGAAGGGGCGGCCGCUGCCUGGGCCGAUACUGGUGAUUGCGGCAGAGAACAUGCUGAUGGCGCUGAUGUGGCGCCUUAGCGCGCUCGAGGCGGAUGGGGCAGGUCCGCCCUCUGCAUCCGCCGUGGCCUCCCUGGGCAAGGUAGUCGAUGCGCUGGCCGGCCACCUGGACGACAUUGCUCUGGCGGAGGAUAGCGAGCCUGUCAAAGACGCCCUCACCCGCGUGCAGGCCGACCUCUUCUUCAUCUUCAGCGCCGAAAAGAUCAAGGACACAGCUGCGGCUGCAGCGGGCUACACGCCAGACUCCAACAGCCUGGAUUUGUUCUGGGAGCGCACCGAGGCGCUGCUGGCGCGCGCGGCCCCGGACGAUGACAUGGCGGCAGAUGACGAGGACGAGCAAGCAGAGGGCGCAGGCGCGGAGCGGUCCUCAGAGGCGCAGGCCCUGACCGCGGCCAAGAUGCAGGCCAUCGCAGCCGCCGGCCGACUGGUCGCAUUCCAGGCGCUGAGUGGCACGAAUGCUGAAGUGCUGGCGGGGCGCGUGGUCAUGCACCUGGGCUCCCCCAACAAGGCGGUCGCAGAUGCUGUCAGAGAAGUCACGCGCGUCCUCAAAAAGGCCCACCCCGAGUCGCUGCCAGAGGCGUACCUGGGUGCACUGGAGGAGGCGUACCAGCGAGCGGUGGCAGCGGAGGGCGCGGAUCAGGCGGCUGCGCUGCAGCUGUUUGGCGAGCUGGCGCUGCGCGUGGGGCAGGCCCACGCCGGCUUCGUGGCCGGCGCAGCCGCCUCGCUGGCCCACAUCGUCAAGGGAGGCAUCGACUACGCGCUGCAGAGCGGCCAGGACUGGCUACCAUUUCUGGAGGGCCUGUCAGCCCUGACUUCCAGGCUGCCAGCCAAGGAGGCGGCCACAGUGGCACAGCACCUGCAGAACACCGCAAGGGCCCUCAAGCCCACCAAGAAUUCACGGGAGUGGGACCCGUACUGGCACAUGCUGGAGGAGCUCCAGGAGCGAGCAGACAAGGGCACCAAGGCCGCCGUUAGAUCCGCCGCCAAGAAAUCAGCAACCGCCAACAAGACCGCCCGCAGGAUGUCAUUCUUGGAGCGCAGCAGGAGGGCCCACAACGGCGAGAGCAUCGACGACGAAGAUGACGAGGAUGCGCACAGAGGGGCAGAAGAGGAGGAGAGAGAGCCAAUAGAAGAUCCCGGCGACAGCCCCUCGGCUGCCGGCCCCAGCAGCGGCGGCGGCCGCGGCCUCUCGCUGCACCUGGGCAUCUCGGAAGGCCCCUCCGAAUCCGCCGGCCUCAGCGGCAGCGGCUGGCGCAGAAAGGCUGGCGGGCGCGCGCGGAUGCCGCCGCCUCCCGAGGAGGAGAUGGAGGAGAUGGACGUCGAUGCUGAGAGCGAGGGAGGGAGCGGGCAAGAGAAUGAGGCCGAGGCGCUCAACAUCAUGCCCACCGAGGAGCAGGCCGACUUCCACCGACCCGCCAGGCGCGAGCCCAAGCGGCAGCUAAAGCGACUGUACGACACCCAAGACUCGGAGGACGCGGCCGUGAGGGCAGAUGCGCGCGAUGACGAAGAUGAGCAGGAAGAGGAGCUGUUGGAUCCAGUGUUUGGCAAGGGCACAGAGCGGUCGUUCCCUCCCGUUGGCCGCAUGUCCGGCCUGGGGCCCUCCGACCAAGCCAUGCAGGAUGGUGACGACGAAGACAUGGAGGAUAUCCAACCAACUCUUGAUGACGAACCCAGGCGGCCAAAGCUGCGUCUGCGAUGA